ACCGCCGCGACUACCUGUGCCGCUGCCGCGCCUACGGAUUUCAUUGCGAAGAUUACCUCAGUCUUCAGCGGUUUAAAAGGUUACAAAGUUAGGAUAUUUUAGAGGAUUCCAUCAAAGUCAAACUGAAGAAAGAUUUGCACAAAUUUACGAACGUUGGAUAUUUAAAUAUUAUUGUAUCUCAAGCGUUGCACGUAUAGUAUUUCCUGAAAACAAUCACUGUCUCAAAGCAGUCACUGAAGAUAAAUCUAUUUCAAGAGAUUAUUCUAUUACGGAAAUAAACAAGUAGUUACAUUCUUACCGAUUCAAAAAAUUUCCUGGGAGUCAACUGCCAAGGCGCAAUAUUCCAGAGGAGAUGAUGCGAUCAGGCCUUCUCCUCCUGGCCGUGCUGGGGCUUGCCCUGCCAAGCGUCUGGGGAUUCGGUUACAUCACCAGCAGGUUCCGUCCCGAGCCUGGAUACGGCGUCUGGGGCAACACGAACGCCUACCGCAACGCCUUCCCUCAGCGCGUGUCGUCUCCGCGCGAGGAGCUGCUGGAGGCGUUGCUGGGGGAGGCAGAGGCCGCGUCCUGUGAGGGGCGACGGUGCUCGGCCAACGAGCACUGCUGCAAUGACCACAUCUGCAUGGCCAUAACUGGACGCACGGGCACCUGCAUGGCUACGUCAUCUCAACGUCUUGACGACGAGUGCGUCUCUGACGUCGAGUGCGCUGAAGGUCUCUCGUGCGACCUCGGCGUCUGCACCGACCUCGGCACCAAGAAAAACUAUGGCGAAGACUGUAACACCAGCGCCGAGUGCGACGGAGCACGCGGCCUGUGCUGCCAGCUCAUCCGGCGUCACCGGAAGGCGCCUCGCCAGGUGUGCUCGUAUUAUAAAGACGCGCUCAUUUGCCUGGGUCGGGUCUCGUCAGACCAGGUACAUCCGAUGACUGAACUGACGCGCGGAGAGAAGCGGCUGACGUCUCGAUAUCGUGGAUACAUCAGGAAAUAAAAACGUUCUUCACGUCUCCACUUCGGUAGAAAGUCUCGUUGCAGUUUGAAGUAUCACCAGAAUAGUGAAGUGAAUGCUUACAUAUAACUGUAACAACUAGACCACUGUCAUUUCAAACCACUGUUUACUGCUUGGGAUUCAUGGGAUUGAAAGAUUCUUCAAAUGAGCAUUUGAAAUUUUCUUAAAUAUGAGGGAUUAGGAGACAAAAAACGAUGCAAAUUAAUUUUUGUUACUUUGAAACGACAACAAAGAGAAUUGCAAUUGAAAUUGAAAUGGUGAUCUGUUUUGAUUUUGAAAAUUUCCCCUCGAUAAAUACAAUAGGAAAAAAAGCAGGACAAGGCAUAACAUAUGGUAAUAUUAUAGACAUAAUUUAUGAAAUGCUGGCAGAAUUUAUCCAAAGUUCUCUUGGAAGGACAUUUGAUCAUCAUAAGUCUUAAUGUGUUACCCAUAAAUGGCAGAUGAUUAACAUUGGCACGGUGUUUUCAGCCAUAGGAAAAUCAAGAUAAUUCGUUUUACUUGACUUUUUCUAACAGAUCAUUGUUAGACUCACAAUUAGUGUAGCCUGGAUCUAUCAUGUCAUUUCAACAGAACAAGACUUAAUAUAAAUUCUAUGAUGACAGUUGUCGGUACUAAAUUAGUUGUAAUUUUCCAAGUUUUCAAGCACUUGAAAAUCAUUGUUUCAUGAGUGUUAGAAAUUCUUGCUCUCCUAAAGCAUUCCCAGAAGUUAAGAAUAACUUGUUAGAAUCAAAUUAUAAAAAUGUGACACAUUCAAUGUAAUUUUGCCUAAUUUUAGCAUCCAAUUGUUGACAAAUGUUGAUAUUUAUCAGAGUUUAUGGCUUGAGAGGAACAUUAGGCUAUUAUUGGUUUACUUUAAUGCUACCUGAGUAUUGUCGAUCUGCCUUGUAGUAAACCCUCCUCAGAUACAAAUACAUUUUUGAUGCAUUGAAGUUUUUGUUCAGGAAAUAUGACACGUUGUUCUAUGACACAUUGUUACAUGUGAUAAUACUCUGUAAAGGCGUAGGUAUAUCAAAUUCAGUUUGAACAAUAUCACUAACAACAGUUUAUAAAUUAUCUUUAUAAACAAACAUCAACACAAAACGUUAUCUUGGGCCCCAAUUUUUACAAUUCGUACUGAAUUAUUAUCGAAAUGUACUUCACUUGUCUAUCGUAACGUAACAUUCUACAGCUAAUUCAUAUUUAAAUAGAUGUUUUAUGCACUCUAAUUAAAUGUAUCGCAUGAGAUGAAAAGUUUACUCCGCAUAUCCACCAACUCAUGAAUAAAGAAAAGUCGGCAGUGGCCUGCACUCGAUGUUCAUCUCAAUAUCUUCGUUGUAAUUCCGCUGAAAAACUUUCUCGAUUGUACGUCGUUAUAGUUGUUUUGUUGAGCAAGCGACUUGACGAUAAAACAUUGAUGAUCUGUGAAACAAUUGGCAAAUGUGCGCACUUUGAGCGUAGUGAAAUAAGCUGCACAAUAAAUGAUGAAAUGAGUACAGAUAACAAAAAACUUAUCUUAAUCAAGGAUUAACGAAAAUAACCUUCUAUUUUAUUGAAAAAAAUUUCGGCUUGCAACCUUGCAUUGUAUUGUGAGGCAUUCAUUAAUUCACUUCCAUUGUACUUGAACAUGAUGAGAACGAGCUACAAGUUUUCCUGCUUAAAACAUAAUUUUCGCCACAUUCAUAUAUUGAAUAUUGACAGCGUUACUAUAAUUCAUAUGCACUGUUGAUACGUUUAAGCAGAAACUAUUAUGUGGAAAUGUUGCAAUUUUACCAGGAACUUGACGCCUGAAGUAAAUGU